CCAACAUGAUAGAUGACCCAGAGCAGAAAUAUGUUAUGAAAAAGGGACUUUUCAUACAGGACUUUAGAAUGCAUCCUUUUCAUAAAUGGGUACUUUGUGGGAUUAAUGGUAGCUGUACAGAUCUUAAUCCCUUGGUUUUCCUCCAAGGAGGAGCUGCUGGAAAAGCGAUUUUUAAUGGUAUUUCAAAAUUUGCUCAGUUUCAUCAAGUUCUGUUACCUGAUAGAACCAUUUAUCAAAAUUCUACUACUGAAAUCACUGGAUUUAAUAAGACAUUGAUAAAGCAGACUAAUUAUUUACCUACUCCAGUUUGUGUGUACACCCCUUUCUUGUUUAUUCUUUCUAAUGGUUCCUUUGAAUCCUGUACUAAUGAAACCUGCUGGAUGUCACAAUGCUGGAGCCUUAAGUGGGCCAGCCGUGCAAUGCUUGCCAAGAUUCCGCGAUGGGUUCCUGUCCCUGUGGAGAUCCAUUCCACCAUAACCUUACACAGGCAAAAGUGAGACUUUGGUAUCACUGCAGCCGUUGUGGUGGCAAUGGCUGCCAGUGCGGCGGCAGCUACAGCUGCUGAAAUUGCUAUGGCAACAUCAGUCCAGUCAACUACAACUGUCGAGCAGUUGUCCUCCUCUGUGGCAGAGGCGAUCGAUCAACAUUCAGUGCUCAGUGCCCAAUUAAAAGGUGGGCUAAUGAUAGUGAACCAGCGCAUUGACCUGGUGGAGGAAAGGCUGGAAAUUCUGCUCCAAUUGGCUCAGCUUGGCUGUGAUAAGAAAUCAGGAGCCUUAUGUAUUACUAGUGUCCAAUAUGAAAAUUGGACACAUGCAGCUAAUCUAUCUAAAGAAUUGUCUUUGUUUCUUACAGGAAACUGGUCUGAAGGAUUUGACGAAAAGCUUGAGGCGCUACGUACAGCAGUGAUGACGAUUAAUUCUACGCGCGUGGACCCAUCAUUGAUCCAUGGAAUCAAAGGACUUUCUUCCUGGAUGUCCUCUGCAUUCUCACAUUUUAAACAGUGGGUGGGAGUGGGCCUGUUUGGCGCAACCCUGUGUUGUGGACUAGUGUUUCUUCUAUGGCUGGUAUGCAAACUCAGAUCUCAACAGAAACGUGACAAGGUGGUAAUUGCUCAAGCACUUGCUGCCAUAGAGCAAGGCACCUCCCCUGAAAUUUGGCUAUCUAUUCUCAAGAAUUAGUUGGCAUUUGAGUUCUCUGUCUUUGCAUCCCACAAAAUUGUGGAUAUAUUGCAUUGAGACGAGAGAAACUCAACGAUCACUGAUCAACCCGUGCGCAUUGCUGAGGUUUCCUCAUUGCAUGUGAUAAGGUGAUCAUGAUUUCCCCACUAAUUCAUUUUUGGCUGGCCUCUUUUGUAGAGUUCACCCUAGGCCAUUUAGCAGUUAUAGUCACACAGCACUGUGGUAUCCAAAGACGGGCAACUUUCCUCAUGCACAGACCAACCUAAGACAAUGGGGCCCGGUGGUGAUAGGGUUACCCGAUAACGGGUAAGGCUGUGACAUUGGAGGAACGACCUAAAACAGGGGCCACAGCAGAUGGACGUAACUACAUAGGCCUAGACCAGCCUCAUUUUAAUAAAUUAUAGAGGGGGAGAUGUAAAGGGCUGCAAUCUACGUGCCGCCACUAGAUGGUGCUAAACCUCAUUGUGCGCAGCUGCGAGAGCACAGCCAGCCAAAAUCACCAGUCCUUCUCCGAGGCUUUUGCCCAACCCCUGGGGGCUUUAACCUAUCCCCAGGGUGCAUGAGGAUCAUGGGUGUUGCUACCAGUCCUAGUUUAGACACGUCACCAAAAGUAUUUAAGCCACACACUUUCUGAGCUUUCUUUGUCUACCUCAAUAUGAUAUAGAAGUAAAAGUUAACCGUGGAAGAAUCUGGUGUGUCCUGUGUUUAUUUCCCGCGGGACGGGGAUAAGCUC